AGGCUGCACAGCAGGCUGAAGAGUGAAGACCACAAAAUCAAGCAGCUUUAUUGUGCAUUUCUCUAGCUAGCUGUCGAUGAUGGCUAAGGCUGAAGGGGGCAAAAUGGUAUGUGUGACAGGAGCAGGAGGCUUCAUUGGGUCGUGGGUGGUGAAGGAGCUCCUGCUCCGUGGCUAUGCCGUGAGAGGAACUGCAAGAGAUCCAUCUAGUCAAAAGAACUCCCAUUUGCAAAAACUUGAAGGAGCCAAAGAGAGGCUCUGUCUGAACUAUGCAGAUGUGAUGGACUAUGAUAGUCUUUCUGUUGCAUUUAAUGGAUGUGAAGGUGUAUUCCAUGUUGCCUCACCUGUAUCUGUUGAUCCGCGACUUGUGCCUGUUGCUGUUGAAGGAACUAAGAACGUGAUCAACGCUGCAGCAGACAUGGGCGUACGACGCGUGGUGUUCACAUCAACCUUCGGUGCUGUACACAUGGACCCAAAUAGGAGCCAUGAUACAGUCGUGGAUGAGAGCUGCUGGAGUAACCUUGAGUUCUGCAAACAAAAAGACUGGUACUGUUAUGCCAAAACGGUUGCUGAGAUGGUAGCAGCAGAGCAGGCAUCGAAGAGAGGGAUUCAGCUAGUGGUGGUGCUUCCUGCCAUGACACUAGGCCAGAUGUUGCAAUCAACCAUAAACCCUAGCAUCAGACAUAUCGCCGAUUUCUUGAACGGAAGCAGGAAAACCCACCGGAAUGCUGUCGCUGGGUAUGUUGAUGCGCGCGAUGUGGCCCGUGCACAUGCACUGGUGUAUGAAGACCCCAAGGCGCAUGGGCGUUAUCUCUGCAUUGCUAGUGUGCUUCACCGGUCCGAGCUUAUUCAGAUGAUCAGAGAACUCUUUCCACAGUAUCCAAUCACCUGUAACAAGUGUGAAGACAGCAAGCAGAUGGUCCAACCUUUCAAGUUCUCUAAUCAAAGGCUGAGAGACUUGGGCCUCACAUUCACCCCCAUAAAAGAAAGUUUGUACAACACACUGAUAUGCCUACGGGAGAAGGGGCACCUACCGCCUUAUUCAUCUCUUUGAGGACAGGAGAAAUUCCGUCCGGUUCUAUGCAUCCUUUGUGUAUCAUCAUGGUAUUAUAUAAAUGUAAUGAGUUAGUCGUGCUUGUUUGCUAGCUGUUGUGUUUAACUGUAUGUUUCGCAUGAAUCAUGUCUUGCUUCUUUGUUAGCUGUUGGCCCUGUUGUGUUGAACUGUAUUGUGGAUUUUUUUACCA